AUGCGUUUCUUCCAGCCUCAAGUGCCGAUGUUGCCUUCGGGUAUCGAUCUCACCGGUAAAACAAUCAUUGUAACGGGCGCAACAGCAGGUAUAGGCCUUGAGAUCUGCCGUCAACUUCUCGGCUACAAGGUCUCAAAUCUAAUCAUGGCUGUACGCAACGUCUCGAAAGGCGAAAAGGUUCGGCAGGCACUGCUCAAAGAAUCGGAGAUUGAGCGCAAAAACCCCAAAGCAUCGAUCACCGUUCUUGAACUUGAUACCGAAAAUUACACGAGUGUGCGUCAAUUUGCCUCCACAUUCGAAGCCAAGUUUCAAGAUUUGCACGUUUUCAUGGCAAAUGCCGGAAUUGGCACAAACGACAAGGAGUUUGCAAGCUCAGGGCAUGAGAAGAACAUGCAAGUCAACUACUUCUCUAACGUUCUGCUUACUCUCUUACUGUUGCCCAUUCUUGAGCGCACAGCAUCUAAGACUGGGAAGCCAUCAAAAGUAACGUGGACUGGUAGUCGCGAAUACGCGAAUGCCAGCUUGAGCGGUAAACAUCCCUUGGGGAAGGGCGACCUCGAAGUUUUGAAGCACUUCGAUGUUUCCGAAGGCAUCGACACUCUCGGGAGGUACGGAGACAGCAAGCUCAUGUGUCUGCUGUUUCAACGCCAGCUCGCCAAGCACUACGGUCCUGAAAAAGUUAUCAUCAAUAGCUUUUGUCCGGGUCUGGUUAACACAAGCAUGACAGACGUACUGCCAUUCCACCGUCGAAUGAUCAUGGUAGUUGUCAAGGCAUUGAUCGCAAGGGAACCAGCAGCCGCAGGACGAAUUGCCCUUUACGCAGCGGCCGUGGCGUCCACGGAGACACAUGGAAGGCUCCUAGGGGAUAUGGAACUGGAUGAGCCCUCUGAAUAUUUGAAGAGCGAAGAGUCCCGACGAGUAGGAGAGAUGGUGUGGAAUGAAACUAUUGAUGAAAUGGCGAGGAUUGUGGCCAUUCCUACCUGGAUGAAGAAACGACAACUAAAUUGA